AAGAAAAGAGCCAAUGAUGGAGAGAAGCCUGUGCCGUUCAGCAGAGACAUGAAGAGCUGCAAGGAGUGGCGGAGGGAGCGAGCGAGUACACGAGCGACGGCUGAAAGUGCAUGAGAGCACUGCUGAGGAGGAAAACAGGUCGAGGAGUAAACGCGAAGGAGGGAGAGUGGAAGACAGAGUGAUAGGUGGAGCACCAAAAAGAGGAGAGUGCAUCUGUUGACUUGCGUCUUCUAAAGACUGAGCCAGACACACAGAAAUCAUGGCCAACAUCACUACCACUAUACACCCAAGUAAUCUCCCAUGGCACCCAGAAGCGGCCCCUCUCUCCCAUGUCUCCUUGCAGGUCCAGGAGGUCUACCCUUUCCAUGAUGGCUGGAAUGUAGCCUGCUUCAUCAUCCUUCUGCUCUUCAUCCUUACUGUCCUGUCUCUCGCUGCCUUGGCCGUGCUCUAUGAGCUACUGGACUGUGGGUGCUGUGCCAAAGGGAAGACACAUCAGCAGCUACAGGAGGAGGGGCCGGGAAGCUGCAGCAAGCUCAUGACCAGCAUUUGCAAGGAGCCAGAAUCCCACACUGAGGUGGUAUAGUGGCAGCAAGGAUGAGGAUAAGGAAGAGUGGGGGUUGGGUUUCAUUGCUAAAUUGGGCAAUAUCCCAGCGUUGACCCCGAUGACCACCCGAAGAACUUCUAAAACUGCCCAAUAGUGGUUCAAUUGCUCACAGUUAAGAGGAUGCAGGGGGAAGACACAAGGUAACAGCAAAGUAAAAAAGGAAGGGGGCAGUUUGUCACCGAGUCUAAUCAGCUAUUCAAUUCAGUUAGAAGGGAAUCUUCACACAUCUACCUUCAAUACCACUUAAGACACAGGGCAGACCCUGAAAGCUAUAUUUUACACCAGAAAUACUAAGACAGAGCACUUGAGAAGUCUAGUAAUAAUAGUACUAGAAAUAGUACUAAUAGUGUGGCUGGAAAAACAUGAUAACAUAAAAAAAAACACUAAUCAGACUGUAUAUCUGCUAGUUUAAAAAGCAAGUAUUUUUGUUAAAUGACACCUGCCCUGUGAGUACUGCAUGUCCUUGUGACCUGCUGGAUGCAAAUGAGCUUCUAUGAGACUUUGUAAAAGUGUUGUAUACAGACAGAAAAUGCUGUCUACAUCUAAGGACUUGAAUAUCCUAGUUUCCCAACAGGACCUGAUAAACAACAAAUAAAUGAUAGUUGGACAGCAUCAUUGCUUUGGAUAAAGCCUGUGUUUCUCUAUUCCUUAGUAAAUGUUAUGCCUGUGUUGUCAACAUGUUUAGCAUAGCAACAUUAUCUCAUGAUGAGAGAUGCUUGAUUGCUGCACAGUGAUGUAAUUUGUCAUAUUGAGCACAAUGUAUGAUUUCAUAUGCCUUACCACAAAAUGCCUAAUAAAAUGUCAAUGAAUUAUG